AUGUCCUCUGCUCCAGGCAACAAUGUAGUUCCGCUUGAACUUCGAGGCCAAGAAAAAGUGACAAUCCAUGCCCAAGAAGGAGAAACAAAUAAGAGGGACGAAGAACAAAAGAUAAGGAGCCUUGUCUGUUAUUAUUCACCCGUACUUGUCCAUCGCUACAAGCAUCUAGACACGUUUCGGCUCAGCGACGUCCCCAACGUGUCCCAAGAUUUUGAGAAUACACUGUAUAGGGAGUGGAGAUUUCUUCUCCAUAAUGUUGCCAGGGGUAACAUCACUCCUAGCCAGGAAAGGCAGGCCAAUGCUCCCCGGAAGUAUUCGUUGAUUUUGAACAACACCUUCCAUACGCUCUUGGUUGAUAGCGGAGAUGUCGGUGGCCUGAUCAAAAUUUUGUUAGCGAUUCGGGAAUGGAGAUGUAAUAAGUUUCCCAAGCGGCUUUUCGUCACAUACGGAGACAUCGAUCCAGAAUCAUAUGCCAAGAACAAUAUCGAGAUGCACAAAGUUGCCGUCGUCAACGAGAUCUUGGUUGAACAAUAUUUUGAAACUGGAAACCUCGGAACCGGGUACUUCGUACCUGUCAACAGGAAACUCAAAUACAAGAGCAACGAGGAGGCGAAACGACAAUUUUGCAUGCUCAUAACUCUGCUCCAAGAUUUGCCAAAUGUUUUCGAGGUGGCGCUUGACAAACGCGUUGCAGCUUUCUUUGAUGCCGACGAGACCACCAAGAAUAUCUUUGACGAAGUUCUAAAGAAGAAGCAAAAGCGAGCUCUCGAGCAAGAGCAAUUUUGUGAGCAACAGCAAGAUUCUGAGCAAGAGCAAUAUACAGAGCAAGAGCAAUCUCGUUGGGGCGGUCCCCCUGUCAAGGGAAAGCUAUCCUCUCUUUCUCUUAGAGGCAUGGACGAGAGCAGUACAAUCAAAUGGAAUAGUAUCUGCCGGUUAUCUACUAUCAUGCCCUCCAAGCACUUUUUCCUCGAGGGAAAGAUAGAUGGCAUGGACGAUGCCAAAGCAGGCCUCACGGAGCCAUCGGAUAUCACCUUCAACAAAGUACGAUUGGGCAAUACCCCAAUCAGCAAAAUCAUUGAUUUGGGCAAGGCCAAGAUCUCAGCUUUCAGAUAUUUUGGCGAGGAUGUCGAUCCUGGGAACAAACAUUGGGCAGAUCCAGUGAAUGAAGUCAUUGACCAUUUGCAAGACUUCCAGCACGAAUAUUUGGAAACGCUCUGUAUUGGUUUAUGCGAACCACCCAUGAGUUAUGACACCAGACCACCGCCUUUAAGACUGUUGGGGAAGUUCACCAGCUUGACACAUCUAUGGAUUCAGUCUGGCAGCAUGGCUAGAUGGACCGCAGCGAAUAUCAGAGCAUUUGCGAGAGUACUUCCGCCAAAAUUGGAGCAUCUUCGAAUUACGGGAAACAGCGCCGACGUCAAAGAAUGGGUAAUCUUCGUACAGUCGAAUGCCCACUCGAUUUUCAGUGACCCAAAGAAAUCAAAAUUAGGAGUUUCUAAGGAGAACACGGGACUCGUGGAACAGAUCAAAGAUCAAUUUGUCCCAACGCUCUACAUUAUCAAAGAUCACGUGAAGCCGAACUUUGAUUACCCACCCGUGGCACAAACCAGCGGUGGUAACAGCUUACCACUAGACGAGAUGGGGUCGGACAUCCUCCUUUGGAGAAUCAACGUUGACAAGGCUGCUCAGCUACAUACAAAUUUUUGA